CGCCCCUCCCUGAGUCUGACAUAACAAAUUUUAGCCAAUCACAACGCCGUGGGCGGAACUAAAAAUGAAACAGCGGAAGAUUCAAAACGAAGAUGGCGGCUGAAAAUGAUCACCAAAACAAUCUCAAACUGGACAGAAGGGGGACAAAAUGCAGUGUGUUUAUCAGGCAGGAAAAGCCAAACGCAAGCCAGCCCGUGAUCUUUAACCCAGACUUCUUUGUGGAGAGGCUGAGACAUGAGCAUCCACAGGUUUUCACGGAACUGGUACUGAGCAAUAUCACUCGACUCAUAGACCUUCCCGGAGAUGAGUUUGCCCAGCUCACCGGAGAGUCUGAGCCGAGGGUGCCCCCCGCCAGUGGCUUUCUCCGCUCCUUCAACUUCCUGAAACGGAAAGAUAAAGGAGUGGUUUUUGGUGCCCCAUUAACUGAAGAGGGAAUAGCACAGAUCUAUCAGCUCAUUGAAUACCUGAGUAAAAACCUUCAUGUAGAGGGUUUGUUCCGUGUGCCAGGCCACAGUCUAAGGCAGGCAGCCCUGAGGGAAAUGCUGAACGCUGGGGCAGAGAUAGAUCUAGAGACAGGCGACUUCCACCCCAAUGAUGCAGCCACAUUGCUCAAAGCAUACCUGGGAGAGCUGCCAGAGCCUCUACUCACGCACAGACACUAUCAUGCUCACCUGAAGAUUGGAGAACUGACUCGCCUUGAUGAUAAGUGGAACAAGACAAAUGUGCCUGACAAGGAACGCCAGAUUGAGGCGUUUCAGCUGCUUUUCAUGUUGCUUCCACCAGCCAACCGCAGCCUGUUGAAGCUGCUGCUUGAUCUGCUGUAUCACACUGCUCGCAAUCAGCACGUCAAUAAGAUGUCUGCCAUCAAUCUAGCCACAAUGUUUGCUCCACACAUCAUCUGGCCCAAAAACGUGUUGGCAAGUGACCUGCAGGGAGACAUCGAGAAACUGAAUAAUGGCGUCGCAUUCCUCAUCAGGCACUCGCAAAAACUGUUCAAGGCACCUGCAUACAUCAAAGACUAUACACGCUCAUACUUCACCGGCUCAAAAGCUCUUCAAUCUAAGGAUGACCUGACACUCUGUUCCAAAGAAGGGCUCAUGUGUGCAAUACCGGCUGCCUCCCCUUCUCCCUCCGUGAGAACGCUGGGAGGUGAGGUUUGCAGCAGCUGCACCGUCAGGUCAUCUGAGACUCAGAGUUAUACUGAGUCUGCCCUCAAAGAGCUGUACCAGCAGGUCAGCAGCAUGCCUGAAUCUGCCAAAAAGAAGAAACUCAUAAGACAGUUUGAAAAGCAGCAUCUGCAGACACCUUCAGCAGAGUCUCGAUCCCCAUUCAGCAGGAAACAUUGGCGUUCACGCUCUUUAGGUGGAAUUAUCAAGAGGAAGGUAUUGGGAAGCCAGGUAUUGACAGAGAAAGAAAACAGCAGAGUGCAGAGUCCUCUACCCAGCAGUUCCAGUGAUGGCCAGGGAAGAGAAAACAUCUGUGGAGGACUCGUCCAGGAUUGAUUGAUUCGAAAGACUGUGACUGUUACAGGGGUAUCGGAGGAUCUUCACAAGACGUCGACACAAACCAAACAGUGCUAUGCGCCCUCCAUAUGUUUUGGUGCGUUUAUGUCUCUACUCAGAUGUGUUUUUAGUUUAAGUCUUAAAGGUUAAUGAGAUAGCAGGGAUAUCACCCAGUCUAGUAAGUUUUACUUAAAUUAAGGGCUUCAUAGUAGGGCUUAAUGGACAACAAUGAGGAUGUUACACGCUCUAUUUUAACUCAAUGCCAUUUACUAGUUUUGAGAGUUCCUUCAAAAUUACCUUAUUUCUUGUUCAUUCACAAUGUCCUGCUGAAUGCAAGUUAUGUGUAUUUACACCAUUUUAGCUCUGAGUCUUUAGCUUUAUCAUCGACUGUAACAAGUUUAUUUAAUUUGCAAACCUAUUUUAUUUAUGUUCACUGGUAAUCUAGUGAUGUGUGAUUCUAGUGCAUCACACAUGCAUUGUGCAAGCUUUUCUGUUUGUUAAAUGUCCAAUUUGGUUGUGAAUUUAGUUUGACUUGAGCAAUAAGAGCAGAAGAAUAUUAGAAAAGUGAUGAAUUCACAUGUGCCUUAAAGUGAAUAUAUCUUAUAACUUACUGUUUUAUGCAACUUUAAUUUAUUUUUUCCCUCUAGUUUUCUUUUGAUACAUUUCUGAUAGCUUUAAAAGUACGCAUACAUUUCUGUGAAGAAUUAAUUUGAGUUUCGGUAUGUGGAAAAAGGAUGGGAGAUACUGACUGGAAGGCCGAAGGGCCGGCUCACAUGCGUUAUAUUUAUUCUUUUGUCUUUGUUUCCACUUUGCUCAACACUGUGAUACUUUCAAACUACUGUUACUUUAAACAACAUCUUGGUUCUGCCUCUUUACAUGGUAGUGAUUUCACACCAGUUUUGAUUCUUAUGCAACAUUGUACAGAGCUUUAUAGCCUUAUAUGCAUUUGUAUUUUUACAGUUAUUCAGCUUUUCAGUGUUUUAAAAUUGUAUUCACUAUUUUUAUCUUUUUAUUCGAUUGGUUGAAUGCAUAUGAAGAUUUCGUUUGCCUUCUACUGUGGUGCUUUCUGGGAGCGUUUGAGCCACUGCCACUUUUAAAGCCUCCUUGUUGUCUUGCUCCUUCAGUAGCAGAUUCCAGGUCAAUGGUCACUGUGCUUAGCUGUUACAAUUGAACUACAAUGUGACGAUUGCUGCAUGGUCAACCUUGAAAUACCAUGUAAACUGAUGAUGCUGUGAAGCUAUGCAACUCACUGUAUUAAAAGACGACAGGCUGCA